AUGUGGAUUCCAAUAAAAAAAGGAAUCAACCAAUGGAUAAUUGGAUUAACAUUAAUCGAAAUUUUAUUAUUUAAUAUCAUAGAAACAAAAGAUGAUAAUCCAAUUACUAAAAAUUUUAAAUGCCGACGAAAUGGUUGUUGUGAUCAACAUGAAUGGUGUCGAUUUUGGGCAUCAGCUGGUGAAUGUCAUGUUAAUAAAAAAUGGAUGGAAGAAAAUUGUCAAUUAGCAUGUAAUGCUUGUAAAACUCAAACACCAAAAGUUACUCCAUCAAAAAAAGUGCCUAGUAAAAUUCCAGUUCCAGUAAAUUUAUUACCAAAUAAAGUGCAUAAUAACAAAACAGUAAAUUUAAAAGAUAAACCAUUAGUUUCUGAUAACUUGAAACAUACUACUGAAUUACCAAUAAAAAUUGAAACAAAACAUGGCAAGCAAAGAAUUAAUAUUAAUAAAAGUCAACCUCGUAGUUUUCCUUUACCAAUUUCUACAACACCAGCUAGUUCUCAUUUAACAGUAUUAUCUCACAAAAUUUUUCAAACAAAAGACACAGCUUUUCCAAAAACAACUUUGCGUCCGGUUAUUCAAACAAUAAAAUCUAUUCCAACAAGUUUACAACAAACAACAGUUUCACCAAUAAAAAAAUCAAAAAAUGUUUUAGGUUCAAAAAUUGAAAUGUGCAAACGUUUGUUAGAUGAUCCAACAAAUAUAGCUAUAAAUAUAAGAAAAAAUAAUCUUAUCUUUACUUCUGAAGAUAAUGAUGGUAGGAGAACACUUAGUUUGGAUGAUGUAAUUCGGAGUAACCUCGCUAAUGCAUGUACUCCACGACUUGAUGAAUCAAAUUGUGAACGAAAUCUCUGUUAUAAUUUAUAUUUCCGAACAAUGGAUGGUACUUGUAAUAACCUAGAAAAACCACUUCAAGGAGCUUCAUAUAGACCAUAUAACAGAUUACUACCUCCUGAAUAUGAUGAUGGCCUUGGUGCACCAGUAUCAUCAAUAAAAAAUGUUAGACCUAGUCCAAGAGAAAUUAAUAGAAUAUUAUUAUCUUCAAAAGCUGUUGUUCAUGCAGAUGAUUAUAAUAGUUUGUUAAUGCAAUUUGGACAAUUUAUAUCUCAUGAUAUGGCAAAAACAACAUUAGUACCAUCAAGUAAAUGUCCUGGAUGUAGUAAUAUUGAAGGAAGAUGUAUGGCAAUAAAAUUAUCACAAAAUGAAACAAAUGCAAAAUUUUUACGUGAAGGUUGUAUAAAAAUAUCAAGAUCAUCACCUAUAUGUGGUUCUGGAAGAACAAAACCAAGACAACAAUUAAAUGAAAAUACAGGAUAUAUUGAUGGUUCACCUAUUUAUGGAUCAAGUGUUAAUGAUUUACAAAAAUUUAGACAAGGAAAAACAGCAUUUUUAAAAUUAUCAACAUUUGGUGGUCAAAAAACAUUACCAUUUGAUCAAUCUAGAUGUAAAAAUGAUAAAAGUUGUACUGUUAUAUUUAUUGCUGGUGAUAGUCGUGUUAAUUUAUUUAUUGGAUUAAGUUCAAUUCAUAUAUUAUUUACCAGAGAACAUAAUAGAAUUGCUGGAAUAUUUAAACGUCUUAAUCCACAUUGGUCUGAUGAAAGAAUAUUUCAAGAGACAAGAAAAUUAGUUGGUGCACAAAUACAAGCAAUUGUUUAUAGAGAAUAUUUACCAAAAAUUUUAGGUUCAGCUUUUAUGUCAGCAAUAGGACCAUAUAAAGGUUAUAAUCCAAAUGUUGAUGCAACAAUUGUUAAUGAAUUUACAUCAAGUGCUUUUAGAUAUGGUCAUGGUAUGAUUCAAGAAACAUUUCCAAGACUUGGUGAAAAUUUUAAAAAUAUAUCAUUUGGUUCAUAUAAUUUUGUUAAAGGAACAUUAAAUUCACAAUUAUUAGUUAAACAAGGUGGUAUAGAUCCAAUAUUAAGAGGAAUGAUGUUUACAAAAUUAAAAAGACCACAAAGAUUAACAAGUGUUAUUACAGAAAAUAUGUUUGAAUCAACAGAUUUAGGAAGUAUAAAUAUUCAACGAGGACGUGAUCAUGGUUUACCAUCAUAUAAUAAAUUUAGAGAAUUAUGUGGUUUAAAACAUGCUAAAACAUUUGAAGAUAUUUCAAAUGAAAUAUUAUCUCCAUUUACAAGAAGUAAAUUGCAAAAAAUGUAUGGUUCAAUAAAUAAUAUUGAUUUAUUUGUUGGUGCCAUUUUAGAAGAUCCUGUUCUCCAAGGUCUUGUUGGUCCAACUAUAACAUGUAUUAUAGGACCACAAUUUAAACGUUCAAGAGAUGGUGAUAGAUUUUAUUAUGAAAAUCCUGGUAUUUUUACACCAAAUCAAUUAAAAGAAAUAAGAAAAUCUUCUUUUUCAAGAAUUCUAUGUGAUAAUGGUGAUAAUAUGAAUCUUGUUACAAAAGAAGCAUUUAGAAUAUCAUCACUGACUUCUUGUUCACAAAUUCCUCAAAUGGAUCUCUCAAAAUGGAAAGAAUAA